AUGGCCAAGCUUACCUUGGUCUCUUUUUCUCUGUGCCUUCUUGUGCUCUUCAAUGGCUGCCUAGCUCAAAGGCGGCAGCAACAACGACAGUUUGGCGAGUGCCGGCUCGACAGGCUCGAUGCCCUUGAACCCACUAACCGCGUUGAGGCUGAAGCCGGCGUGAUCGAGUCUUGGGACCACAACGACCAGCAAUUCCAGUGCGCUGGGGUGGCCGUCAUCCGGCGUACCAUUGAGCCCAACGGCCUUCUCUUGCCUCAAUACAGCAAUGCUCCAGAACUCGUAUACAUUGAAAGAGGUAGGGGAAUCAGCGGGAUCCUGUUUCCUGGCUGUCCUGAAACAUUUGAAGAACCUCAACAACAAUCUCAACAGGGGCAGGGAAAGAGCCGCAGGUCUCAACAAGACCGGCAUCAGAAGAUUCGACACUUCCGAGAGGGAGACAUCAUCGCAUUGCCGGCUGGAGUAGCCCAUUGGUGCUACAACGACGGGGAUUCCCCAGUUGUCGCAGUCUCUCUCCUUCACACCAACAACAAUGACAACCAGCUUGACGAGAACCCUAGACACUUCUACCUCGCUGGUAACCCAGAGGACGAGCAUCAGCGACAGGGUCACCAGCAAUACGAGCAGCACCGCCGCCAACAACAACGUCGCCAACAGCGCCAUGGCGAGCGUGGUGAGGAAGGCGAACGACAGAGGGGCGAAGGAAACAACGUAUUCAGUGGCUUCGAUGCCGAGUUUUUGGCUGACGCCUUCAACGUGGAUGUUGAGACGGCCAGAAGGCUUCAGAGCAAUCAGGACAACAGGAGGAACAUAGUGAGAGUGGAAGGCGAGCUUCAGGUGGUCAGGCCACAAAGGUCACGUGAGGAAUGGCAGCGAGAGGAGAGGCAAGAGAGGCAAAGAGAGCAAGAGCGGGAACGCCAGCGUCGCCAGGGAGGACGUGGACGUGGACGUGAUGAGAAUGGCCUUGAGGAGACAAUUUGCUCUUUGAGGCUCACCGAGAACAUCGGUGACCGUUCACGCGCCGACAUUUACACUGAACAAGCCGGUCGCAUCAACACCGCGAACGGCCUUACCUUCCCAGUUCUCCGCUGGCUCCAACUCAGUGCUGAGAGAGGAGAUCUAGAAAGGGAUGGUCUUUAUGUACCGCACUGGAACCUGAAUGCCCACAGUUUGGUGUACGCCCUAAGGGGUCGUGCCCAGGUUCAGGUGGUCGACGACAACGGUCAGACCGUGUUCGACGAUGAGCUUAGACAGGGUCAGCUCUUGACCAUCCCACAGAACUUCGCGGUUGCGAAACGGGCGAGCAAUGAGGGUUUCGAGUGGGUGGCCUUCAAGACCAACGACAACGCUAUGGUUAGUCCUCUUGCGGGACGAACCUCGGCCAUCCGGGCCUUGCCGGACGAAGUCGUCGCCAAUGCUUUCCAGAUUUCUCGAGAGGAAGCCAGAAGGCUGAAAUAUAACAGGCAGGAGACAACUCUGGCUCGCUCAAGUAGGUCUUCCUCUGAGAGGAGGAGGAGGUCAGAAUCUGAGAGGGGAUCUUCCUCUGAGAGGAGGGCUGAAGCAUAA